ACCCUUCAGCAGAAAGUUAAUAAGUCACCCAACACUGUGACACACAUCCCCCCGUUUCCGUAUCUCUCCGAAAUUUCUGUUAGAUUGUUUCUGUUCUGUGUCAGAGAAAUCAGUGCAACAAAAAUGGACGAUGCCGAAACCAAAGGAAGAAUCGAAGAAACUGUUCGCAGGGUUUUGCAAGAAUCGGACAUGGACGAGGUUACUGAGUCUAAGAUUCGAAAACAGGCCUCCGAACAACUUGGCCUCGACCUGUCUCAGCCCCAUUUUAAAGCCUUCGUCAAACAGGUCGUGAAGGCUUUUCUCCAAGAAGAAGAACAAAGACAGCAACAACAGCAACAAGAUGAAGAUGAUGAUGAUGAAGAAGAAGAACAAGGAGGAGUUUCCAAGGGCAAGGAGUACGAUGAUGAAGGCGAUCUCAUCAUCUGCAGGCUUUCAGAUAAGAGAAGGGUGACGAUUCAGGAUUUCAGAGGGAAAACAUUGGUCUCCAUUCGGGAGUAUUAUAAAAAGGAUGGCAAGGAGCUUCCUACUUCCAAAGGAAUAAGUUUGACAGAAGAGCAGUGGUCAACCUUUAAGAAAAAUGUGCCUGCCAUAGAAAAAGCCAUUAAGAAAAUGGAGUCAAGUUGAUACCGAGUUGACCUCUCAACUCUCAAGUGAUGUGGCUUUGCUUGUUUCUUUUUGGUGAAUAUAUCCUGCACCAUGGUGCCCCUUUGAUACUGGACCUUUUUGUUAAAGGACUUGAAGUCACUGUGAAUGUUUUUUGUGUUUUGCAACCUGAGUGGCUAGAGAGCCAUUUCAGGAAGGCUAAACUGAAUGCCAGUGUAACUUCAAACUGAAUACAUUUAAGUCUAUUAUUUCCUUCAAUGUCGUUUUAACUCA